AUGGCUCCUAGCUUUGAUGAUAGCAGCUCGCUUUUCAACUUUGUUGUCCGAGAUGGAAAUGGUGUCAAAGGAAUGGUGGACUUAGGCUUAUCGAAGGUGCCACAGGCUUACAUGCAACCACCAAAAGAGCGAAUAGACAAGCAAAACGCGAGCAAACAUGAGCAGCCGCCGAUUGAUUUGUCGAGGCUAGAUGGCCCUUACCAUGAUGAAGUGGCCAAGGAAAUUGUUAGAGCAGCUGAGACUCUGGGCUUCUUCCAAGUUGUGAACCAUGGAGUGCCUGUUGAUCUACUAGAGUCCCUUAAGGAUACCGCACAUAAAUUCUUCGGACUGCCCCCAGAAAGGAAGGCUGUUUAUCGUACAGAAGUGAGUCCAACCUCCUUAGUGAAGUAUGGGACCAGUUUUGUGCCAGAGAAAGAGAAAGCAUUGGAGUGGAAAGACUAUAUCAGCAUGGCAUACACCAAUGACGCCGAAGUUCUCGAACAUUGGCCCAUAGAGUGCAGGGAAGUGGCAAUUGAGUAUUUGAAGACAUCACUUGAGAUGGUGAAGAAAUUACUUCAUGUUUUGAUGCGAAACCUCGGAGUCGAACUAGAUGACUCAAAAAUUGAUUCACUUAUUGGGAGGAAGACUGUCCAUAUGAACUACUAUCCCACAUGUCCUAAUCCUGAGCUUACAGUUGGUGUAGGACGUCAUUCUGAUAUGGGCACUCUCACUGUCUUGUUACAUGAUGGGAUAGGUGGUUUGUAUGUAAAUGUUCCAGAAGAUGCAGAUAUUAGUAAGAAGGGAGAAUGGGUAGAGAUCCCUCCUAUUCCUGGUGCUUUGGUCAUCAAUGUUGGCGAUAUGUUACAGAUAUUGAGCAAUGGAAGGUAUAAAAGCGCAGAACAUAGAGUUCGUACAACAAGUGCAAAAUCAAGGGUGUCAAUACCAAUAUUUACAAUUCCAAAACCAACAGAAAAGAUUGCACCGCUUCCUCAAGUGGUCGAGAAAGAUGGAAUUGCUCAUUAUAGAGAAUUUCUGCUUGCAGAUUGCAUGAACAACUUUUUUGGAAAUCCACAUGAUGGUAAAAAGUCUCUUGAUUUUGCAAGGAUUUAA